AUGCCUCUGGUCAACUUGAACUACGACAUUCUGCUUGCCAUCAUCAACUUGCUCCGUCAGGAUGAUGCCUUUUCCUUUUCACUCACCUGCCGCUACUUGUUCCCUAUCGCCCGCGAUAGGAUACAUUCCUCGAUACGUAUCACGCAAUCUCCUGCCCAGCUUAUCAAAAUGUGCGAGUACAUGCUCUCGCACAGAGAUCAAGCACAGCGGAUCUGCAGUCUCGAGAUUUACUCGCAAGCCAUAAUUGGCCAGCAUGUCACAGUCGAACCAAGGACACCUGGCGCUGCAGGUAAUGAGCCUCCACCACCGCCUCCUCCGACCUUAGCGGACGCUGAAGGCGCAGCAUAUCUUGAACGCCUACUCCGUUGUACAUCUAGUUUGUCGAGGCUUACGCUCGCGUGCACGGACCUACUCUUUUCACAACGACCCACGAUCGGCGCUGCUAUAGCGGGCCUCGAGAACCUAUCGAUGCUUUCCCUCCUCAAUAUUGGACCGCAGACGCCUGGCGUACUUAAUGGACUCAAUCUUUGCAUCAAGACACUCCAUCUAGCGGGUACUCCAUCUGAUCAUCUCGCAUUGGCGAUGGACCCACAAUCAUGGUGUUUCGUCCGGGAACUCAAACCACUCCUGCAUGUGCAGAAUCUUCGGUUGUCCGAUUUCUGGUUCAUAGGGCUUACCGUCGCCCCUUCUGAUCUCAUUCAGCCGUGGCUCAGCGUUCGCUGCCUGGAACUGAAUAGCAAUCACGUUUCGUGCUCAGAUUAUCCACGCCUUUUCCCUAUGGUUCGCUGUGUUCAUCUCGACAGAGAGCAUAACGAUUAUUAUGGAGAUCAUCAUUGCGACCGCGGAUGGAAGAAUAUGGGUUGUAUCACCGCAAGUACUCUUGAGCUCUCCAGAUGGCAAGUGGCACAGAACACGCAAGUUCUGGAACUCUCCAGCUUCCCUCAACAAGGCGUGUUAGAUGAGCGCACGCUCAAAGCGAUCAGGAAUGCGUCGCCUGUUGUCCUGCGUUUGGCGGUCAACCAUGCGGAUGUUCUGGACCCUAAGUCGCGGUAUGGUAUGGCCUUCUGGAAAGGUGUCGCUGAGGAGAACCCGGGCAUGAUGAGCAUGGAGUUAUUCCUCACGGGGGAAUGCAGCACAGAACCUUGGACCGGCAUCAGCCGGUGCUGCCACAUGAACACUAAUGGGUAUCCCUCCUGGCUCAUCUGUCUACAUUCGCGCAUCUUCAAGAGCUUCUUCCAUCCCGAGGAUAGUCAAAAAGAAAUUUCGAGAAGAGCUGCGUGCAGUACACUCUCUCUCCAUUACUUCUCCAUCGCGGAGAUGCACCCGGAUUCCGAGGAGGUCUUUGAUGAGUUCUUCCAGCCUGCCUGGGCUAUCCCCCAAACCAGGAUACCUUCCCCCUCGUCGCAUAAUUCCACCUCACACUCGUAUGGGACAGUGUUCUGGUGGAAGAUCUCUGGAAGAGGAAGCCAAAGGGCCACACAAUCCGUCUCUUCAGAAGAAGGGGAGCGUGUUCGCAAGGCAUUGCGAGAUGGCUGUGGCGUAUGA